AAUACAUCACCAAAUCAAAUUUGAUGAUCAUGAAGUUUAGGUCAAUGAAGUUGUCUAGAAGUCUCUCUAAAUUACGUUGCGGCAAGAGCAAGAAUGAUAGUAGUGAAAGCAAUAGCGUUAGCAUCCAAAGAUGUAACAUUAACGUCGAUGCAGAGGUCAAAUGGGAGUUACGACCUGGUGGAAUGCUUGUUCAAAAGAGAGAUAUCGGAGAAGAAAGCAUCAAAGAAGAGGUUAUAUUGGUUAGAGUCGUAACAGGUUCUCGAUGGCAUGACAUAUCCAUCCAACCCACUUCUACUUUCGGAGAAUUGAAGAUGAUAUUAUCAAUGGUGACCGGAUUAGAGCCAAAAGAGCAAAGACUAUUGUUCAAAGGGAAAGAGCGAGAAGACGAAGAUUAUCUACACAUGGUUGGGGUUAGAGAGAAAGACAAGGUGUUGAUGCUUCAAGACCCGGCCACUAAGGAGAGGAAACUUGCAACGGAAACCAUAAUAGCUUCUUAUCGUACAAUAAUUGUAUAAAUAACGGUACUUAUUUGAGUCUACCUCCUCAUAAUUUGGCUUAUUAACUUAAGAAUUUGAGAUGCUUAUAUCUUGACUAGUAUGUUGUUUCGUAGUUUCCCUACUCAACACCUUGAUUAACCAUUAAUUAAUCCUAGAGGUUCGUAUGUUACCUUUUCUAAUUUUGAGAUGUUCAAACCCAUGACUAUGUACAUAUUUUAUUUCAUGAUGUAAAACGUUAUUGUCCUAUUCCAUUAUCUAAUGGACAGAAAUGUAAGAAAUUUAAGAAGGA